AUGCCGGACAUGCUUGUGGCGAUGGAUGAAGACAGCUAUCCCGCGAUUGAUCUUGACAAUCCCAUCAUCCCACUCACGGCUGUGGAUCGUGAACUGCUCUCUAUGAAAGAUGAGGACUAUCACCGCCAUACUUGGGAGGAUUUGAAAGAGAUCAUUGCAAACAACUCUCUCGAAACAUUGAAACGACUCCCAUCCGAUUUGCGACGCUACUUCAGAUGGUCGGCUUCAAUCAAACAACAAUAUGGUGGCAUUGUCCCUUUUGUGAUCCAGGAGCGCCUUCACUGGACGCCAAUCUUUCCAGAAGGCCCUCCACAGUUUGAUCACAUCUCUGACAUACCUUUUGCAAAUCCUCGGGACUUUGCCGUGUUGAGAAACGAUUGGCCUUAUGGAUUCGAAGCAGGCAUAACUCACCUCGUUGUUUGGACAAAGACCCCCAUCGAGACUGAUUCAGACCGGGGCGAUGUCACUGCAGCUUCACGUCAAGUCGUUGAGGACUUUGUACGGAGGUACUUUGUCGCUGACUUGGAGAGGGGUGAGGAGAGGGUACAGUGGUUCAAGAACUGGGUCAGUCUACAGAGUGUCAGAGGAUUGGAUCAUAUUCAUGUUCUUGUCAAGGAUGUUCCUGAGCAGCUCAUCGAGAAGUGGUGCAGUAGGAAGGACCUGUAA